AUGGCUUCUGCUCCAACAUUAGCUCCAUCCUCGAAGGAGACGACUAAUUAUGCAAGAUUAUGUCGCCUUUUAGUAGAUGGAGGCGCCAAGGCCUUGAGAUACACAUUUGACAAAAUCCACUCCGCAGCAAACCUGUUUAAUGUUUUGAAAGCUGGUUCUGCGGAACAUUCAACGCUGCAGUCCCUUAAAAGGAAGAGAAUCAUCAAUGCUACACAAUGGGGUAAGCUGUAUCCUUCUCCUCCUUCAUCUGUAACAUCAGACGACUUUGACAUCACGUUACUGAUGGUGCUGCUGAGGAAUAUCUGUGGUCUGGCUGCUCCUGCCACAGGCUGGGAUAGUCUGCCACCUGCUUCAGACACCAGUGUUGAGGCUAACAUAGCCAGAGUAAAGUGCUAUAGGAACUCGGUCUAUGGGCAUGCCAGCCAGGCAUCUGUGGACAAUCCAACAUUUAAUUCCUUGUGGCAGGAUGUAAGUGCCACACUGGUUUUACUGGGUGUAGAUGCAGCGGCUAUCACAAAACUGAAAACUGAGACUAUGGAUCCAGAUACAGAGAAGCAUUACCGAGAGCUGUUAAAAGGAUGGAAGAAAGACGAAGAUAACAUUAAGGACCAACUUGAUAGGAUGGAAGGUAUUAACUAA